UCAGACAUCUUCUCUUCUCUCUGCCUCUCACUUCAUCCAGUUCGCCUGGAACCCCCUCACCAUGUCGAUCCUAUCGAUGGUCGAGGACCGCCCGACACCCAAGGAGGUGUACAACUGGCGCAUCUACCUGCUGGCUGCGGUCGCCUCGUGCACCUCGUGCAUGAUCGGCUACGACAGCGCCUUCAUCGGCACCACCCUCUCCCUGACCUCCUUCAAGGACGAAUUCCACUGGAGUUCCAUGUCCAGCGCCACCCAGAGCCUCGUCAGCGCCAACAUCGUCUCGUGCUACCAGGCCGGCGCCUUCUUCGGCGCCUUCUUCGCCUACCCGAUCGGCCACUUCUGGGGCCGCCGCUGGGGCCUGAUGGCCUCCGCCCUGAUCUUUAUCCUCGGGGCCGGCCUGAUGCUGGGCGCCAACGGCCAGCGCGGCCUGGGGCUGAUCUACGCCGGGCGCGUGCUGGCCGGCCUGGGAGUCGGCGCCGGCUCCAACAUCACCCCCAUCUACAUCUCCGAGCUGUCGCCCCCGGCCAUCCGUGGUCGCCUCGUCGGCGUCUACGAACUGGGCUGGCAGAUUGGGGGUCUUGUCGGCUUCUGGAUCAACUACGGCGUCGAUCAAACCAUGGCCCCCAGCCACAAGCAAUGGCUCAUCCCCUUUGCCGUGCAACUGAUCCCGUCCGGCCUCCUAAUCUUCGGCAUAUUUCUGAUCCGCGAGUCUCCCCGCUGGCUGUUCCUCCGCGGACGCCGCGAAGAGGCGAUCAAGAACCUGACCUGGAUCCGCCAGAUCCCCGAAGACCAUAUCUACAUGAUCGAGGAGAUUGGGGCAAUCGACCAAACCCUCGAGCACCAACGUUCCACCAUCGGCCUCGGCUUCUGGAAGCCGUUCAAGGCUGUCUGGACCAACAAGAAGAUCCUCUACCGGCUGUUCCUGGGCAGUAUGCUGUUCUUCUGGCAGAACGGGUCAGGCAUCAACGCCAUCAACUACUACUCUCCCACGGUGUUCAAGAGCAUCGGCCUGACCGGCACGAGCGCUAGUCUGCUGACAACGGGUAUAUUUGGAGUUGUCAAGACUGUGGUCACUAUCCUCUGGAUCCUGUAUCUGAUUGACCGGCUUGGUCGCCGGAAUCUGUUGCUCUUUGGCGCCCUCGGCGGGUCGAUCUGCAUGUGGAUCCUGGGUGCCUAUAUCAAGGUCGCGGACCCGACGAACAACCCGACUGAUCAUCUCAGUGGCGGUGGUGUCGCUGCCAUCUUCUUCUUUUAUCUCUGGACCGCGUUUUAUACCCCUUCUUGGAACGGUACGCCUUGGGUUAUCAACUCUGAAAUGUUCGACCCCAAUGUCCGCUCCCUCGCGCAAGCCUGCGCCGCCGGCUCCAACUGGCUUUGGAACUUCCUGAUCUCGCGCUUCACGCCGCAGAUGUUUGACGCGAUGGACUACGGCGUGUACUUCUUCUUCGCGUCGCUGAUGCUGCUGUCCAUCCCGUUCGUGUUCUUCCUCAUCCCCGAGACCAAGGGCAUCCCGCUGGAGAACAUGGACCCGCUGUUCGAGACCAAGCCCAUAUGGCGCGCCCACGCCAAGGUGCUGGCCCAGUUGCAUGAGGAUGAGGAGCACUUCAGGAGGGACUUGGAGGAGAGUGGGUUUAAGAAGAGUGGGGUCGAGCAGGUGGAGGAUAUGGCGAAGGUUUGAU